AUUCCGGUUUACCAGGACACCGAGGUUCGAGUUUCUUCUGUUAAGAAGCUUCAAUGGCGGAAAUUUCCAAAUUUCCUCGAAAGAAGUAGGUAUAAUCUGGUUCGCAGAGAUCUUGGAAUUGGAAGAUUGUGAGAUUCUGAGAAUUUGAAGUGAUGGGUAUAUUGAGUUACGCCGUCGCCGGCGGUGGAUUUGCAGUAAUCGGAGCUUGGGAGUCACUCGACUCAUCGAACCUGGAUCCGAAUCCAUCUACUGGUACUACUGAUCCAUCUUCUUCCCCGAUGGCUCAGAUCAGUCGUUCGUCGCCGAAAUCUGUUGGAUCAUCUUCCAUCCCCGUAGCUUUGCUUUCGUCUCUGUUUAUAGCCAACUCGAUAUUCUCCUUCUUCAGCUCAAUCGGAUCCCACGAUCGGGUCGGGUCGAUGAUCCAGUUACAGAUCCUGGCUGUGGCAGUACUAUUCCUAGUGUACGCCAUACUAACAUAUCUGGUCAACUCCAAAAACGCAGUCUUUGUUUCUCUACCGUCUUCGAUUACGACUCUGUUGCUUCUCUUCGGCUUCGUCGAGGAGUUCUUGAUGUUCUACCUUCAAAAGAAAGACGUUUCUGGAAUCGAGAAUCGCUAUUACGAUCUCAUGCUCGUACCCAUUGCGAUCUGCGUCUUCUCCACGGUGUUUGAGCUCAAAUCUGACGCCAACAACACGCAUCGUUUCGCCAGAUUAGGUCGUGGGAUCGGUCUGAUUCUGCAAGGAACUUGGUUUCUGCAAAUGGGUAUAUCGUUUUUCACCGGUUUGAUUACUAAUAAUUGUUCGUUUCACGGGAAGAGCAGAGGCAAUUUCACGAUCAAAUGCAAAGGACACGGUGAUUUUCACAGAGCCAAAGCUAUAGCAACUCUUCAGUUCAACUGUCACUUGGCUUUGAUGGUGGUUUUGGCUACUGCAUUGUUCUCUGUUGUUGCGAACAAGAAAGGUUAUCUCCGUGAAGAUCACUCGAUAUAUCGGCCUCUCGGAGCUGAGAUGGAGAACUUAAGUACUUUCACCCUCGAUUCUGAUGAAGAAGACGAGAUUCGAGAAGAGGGACACGUUACUAAGGAAGCUGGUCUUAAUGGAAUCAGCUCACAUGACUGAAGGUAGAUACAAUACAAAUCAAAGUUUCAGACUUUUUAUUUUUUUCUGGUUUAGUUUUUGUCCAUUUUAGAAAUUGUUGUUGGUCAAUGGGAGGAUAAAAAUGAUAUGUAAUCAAACACACGAGAUAAUAAUGAUGUUGAAUCAUUUGCA